AAUAUCAAUUAUUACCUCACGAUUUCUGACAACUUGAUAUCUAGAAACCUGACGCACCCCCGUUACCAUGGAAACUAAAAUUUUCAAAAGUUUUGUUUUUUUCAACCAUUUACCACCAUUCUCAUAAUAAUGGGUGCUGGAGAAGGUACUAUAAAAAAACUCAAAAAAUCUAAGGCGGGUGGGGAUGCUUCAUCAAAAAAACUCAAAGGGGCCAAAAAAAAGAAAGGGAAAGGUGGUAAAAAGAAGUCAAAAAUAUCGUCGGGAGGAUCAACUACAGAUGACGAAUACAGGGGUACCGAUGCUGGUUCGUUAGCUAAACCACAAAAAUUGAACCAAACCUGUAUCACAUCAUGGUCUGAACCAACUACCUGUUGCGUUGAUCUAAUCGACAAAUCCACUUCACCCUGUCCACCUCCAUGUGGAGAUGCAAAAUGCAGGGAUGUAUGCUUGAAAUUAGUGAAAAAAGAAAUGGGAGAUCAUUUCCAAGACCAAGAAGCCCAGGCAAGACUGUGCAUCGAAAGAUUGUCAAAUGAAAGAGAUUACUAUAGAGCAGAAUUUGAACGUCUUAUAAAGUUCUUUGAAAAGUUGGGAUCGACAGCUGAAGAUGAGGAAGGCAUCGCUUUGGGAUGCAUAGCUUGUCAGAAAAAACAGCAAAUGAUUGAAUACUUGCAAAAGGAGAACGAACUUUUAUCGAAGGAAAAGCUUUGCCUUAUGUCACGUUUAGAAGAAGGAGGUGGCAACCUUGACUCGGAAUCUCCUACUAAAAAGUGCUGCAGGUCUUCAUGCAAAAGAAUUGAGAGAGAAAAAGAUCUACUGAAAUUGGACGUACAAAGGUUAGAACAAGAAGGCGAUUGUUUAAGGGAGAAAUUUAAGAUAAUGAGUGAGAAUAAAACGAAUGAUUAUGCAAAGUUCCAAACGCAACGAGGUGAAUUUGAAAUGACUAUUAGGAAAUUGGAAGGAGAAAAAAAGGAACUCAUAAAGAGUCAAGGUCUUCGACGGGUUCAAUUCAAUGCCCUUGAAGAGAAGGUAGAUAUGUAUGUCAAUUUACUGAGAAAUGCCCAAGAGGAAAUACACAGAAUUAAAACGCAAUACUGCCAACUGAAAAAACUCCACACCCAAUGUGAUGCAGCUUUGUUAGAUACACAAAAUCAGCUGUUAGAGGUAGAGGCACAACUGGUGAAAUAUCAGAACAAGGAAGAACAGGAGGCUGCUGCUGCUAAACAACGGCAACUAGGAUAUGGCAGCAGUAAAUCAAACAAUAAAGAAGCACAAGUUUAUGCUCCACCAUGUUCAUGUACCGAUGCUGGUACUCAACCUGAAGAAAAAGGAGAUGCACCAGAAACAUCGGAAGAAGAUAAAGCAACAAUAAAGCAACUAGAUGAGGAAAAAGACGAACUUCUGAAUCAAUUAGACAUGAAAACCGAAUUGCUAUGCCAAUGCCAAGAGGAGAAUGAAUCGAAGGACGACCUUAUCUUAAGAAUGAAACAAGAAAUUGAGUAUCUCCAAGAAGAAAUAAAGGACAUGGAGGGAGAAAUGGUGGAGCUCAAACUGCAAUGUGAUAAAUCCGCAAUGGUGAUUGAAGAAAAAGAGACAGCAAUAAAGAAUUUACAGACGGACAAUGAACAGAAACAAACGGACGUAAAAAAAAUUCAGACAGUUGUUGAAGAAAAGGUGGCGCUAAAUAAGUCACUUCAAGCGGAAGUAGAACAUUUGAGCAAGGAGACAUUUGCUCUUGCAACUUCUAAUCAUUUACUCCAAACAGAAACAUAUCAGAGUAAGAUUCAGAUUUCUGUAGCUAUUGAAACUGUGACCGAAUUAGAAAACAAGACAAAGCAAUUAGAGGAAGUCAUCGAGGAAUAUGAGCAUAAGAUCCGGCUAUUGAAAAACGAUAUAGAGGAUUGUCGGACACAAAUGAACAGGAAGGAAAUCGAAAUCAAUAAUCUUCUCAAAAACAAAAAUAAUUUUCAAAAUCUUAGCGAAGAGUUGGAUGUUGAGAACAGAGCACAUGAAAAGACUAUUGUGGAAUUGAAGUGUAAAUGUGAUAAACUUGAGAGUGAUUUGACCUGUUUAGGAUCUAAAGAGCAAAUCAUUACAGACCUAAUGGCUGAAACAGAUGCAUUGAGAGCUGAAAAAGAUAUUUUGGAAAAAGAAAAUGCUGCAAUGAAGAAGAAAGUGAAUAAAUUAGAAAAUAAAUUGUUCCAAUGUAUUUGUACAAUAUGUGAUACUACCCACGAUAAAUGUUCGAUGAUGAACUGUAUUUUCAAAGAAUAUUCAGAUAUUAGCAAACAAUGUGAAAAGUUGUUCCCUAAGGCCAAAGAUAUAGGCAUACAAACGAUAUAUGAACAAUCAUUAAGAGAUAUAAAUACCUCCACAAAAUCCAUUAAACAAGUAAUGGCUGCUGUACCUCUCAGAGAUGAACAAUCUAGUAGAGCCAUCACAAGUCGGAGUACACUUCCAAUUCCAAGUACAUGCCAAUGUAAAAGAGACACCAUUAUAUCGUCAUUGUAUCAGAGUGUGGAUACUGCUAGCCCCUUCACAUACAAACAAUCAAGUGAUAUAGAGAGUCAAAAUAAAAUUAAAUCCCCCUUAAACGUUAUAGUAGAAGAAAGCAGUACAGGAACUUUAAAUGAAAAUGAAGAAGAAAUAGAGAAAAUUGACGAAUUUAAGCAGCCCAUUUUGGAAAUUUGUCCAGAAGUAGAGGAACGGCAAAAAUAUGUUAUAGAUAAUGUAACAUCAAUAUGUAAAAUUAUUCAAGUAGGCACCGAAGAACGGUUCAUUAGAAGAACAAGGUUAGAUAGUGAUAGAGAAAUGUCAAAACUUACAUAUAGGUCAUCUUUUAGAUCACCAAAGAAUUCAUGAGUUAUUUAAAAAUUUAAAUUUUCUGAUUAUUAAUGUUGAGUUUGUUGCAUUUGUAAUAAGUAAGAUAUGUCAAUUCAAUAAAAAGUAAGAGUAUUGUGAUAAA